GGGAGCCAUGGACUCGGCGCCAGCCUUCGCCAUGGACAAGCCGUUCGCCCCCAGCGCCGUGCGCGGCCCGGAGCCGCCCGAAAACCCUCAAAGCCGGAAAAACUUCAGCGUGAGCCACCUCCUCGACCUGGAGGAGGUAGCGGCCGGUAUGAACGGGACCCCCCCGGCCGGCCCCCCGCCCGCCGGUGGCGGCAAGGCCAUGCCGGAGCCGUCGGGAGGCAGCAGCGGCAGCGAGGCAGCGCCCCAGGACGGUGAGAGCCUGAGCCCGAGCCGUGGAGCAGCCAAGAGGAAGAAGAAGCAGAGGAGGAACCGCACCACCUUCAACAGCAGCCAGCUGCAGGCUCUGGAGAGGGUCUUCGAGAGGACGCACUACCCCGAUGCCUUCGUGCGGGAGGAGCUGGCGAGAAGGGUCAACCUCAGCGAGGCGAGAGUCCAGGUCUGGUUUCAGAACCGGAGGGCCAAGUUUCGCCGUAACGAGAGGGCGAUGCUGGCCAACAGAUCGGCAUCGCUCCUCAAAUCCUACAGCCAAGAAGCAGCCAUUGAACAGCCCAUGGCACCGCGGCCCACCGCACUGACCCCCGAGUAUCUCUCCUGGACUAGCACCUCCCCAUACAGCACUGUGCCCUCCUACAGCUCCAGCGGGACCGCGACGCCCACCCAAGGGGUGAACAUGGCCAACAGCAUCGCCAGCCUGCGCCUCAAAGCCAAAGAGUUCAGCCUCCAUCAGAACCAGGUGCCGACCGUGAACUGACCAGGGCAAAGCCCACCCAGGACACAACGUGGAGCUCCUGUGCCUGUCCAGGACGAAUCUGCCGCCUGCCCAACCCACAUGCCACUCAUCCAACACCUCAGCACCUCUCCUCUCCUCUUCUCUUCCCUUUUGAAGGUAGAGUCAGUCCCAGGCCGAAGUGGCACAUAAUUAUAGCCACAUAUGGAGCAAACUUGGUUAGAAACUUGCUUUUCCGCACACCCUUAUAAUAAAGGCUAUAUAUACACACACAUACCCCCCACGCGCUCUUCGAGGACAAACAGACUUGCCAAGGGAACAAGAAUUUGCUUCCAAACAUGGAAGGAUUUUGGACUAUUGGAUUUGACCAAUUUGGGUAUCUUGCCCAGAGAGCCAAAGAGUUAUUGGGUCUUCUCCUCCCGCAGGGACAGCAUGCGGCAGUGGGAGGAUCACAAGCCCCCCUUUCCGCCGGGCUGCGACUCACAGCGCUCAACCGCGUGUGCCGAAGCUGACCCGCGCGUUCGCCUCUUUGUGCGUCCCCAGCCGCGGUGCUUGGGAGAGACUUUGGGAAGCCGACGGCUCGCCCCUGCCGUGGCCGGUCCCAGCCAGCUCCCUGCACCACGCUGCCUACAUUUAGGAGCUGCCUAUGCCGAUGGCAUCAGCCUUUCUCCCUUCCCAGAGGGGUGAGGAGGGCUUAAGCAUCUCAGCAGACUCGCUCGGAGCCUGCGAGCUCUCCCGCAAGCUGGGGGGAGCAUCGCUGGUCUCCAAGCAGGCACCGCUGCUCUGCCGCGGUGGGUUUGCCAGCAAUUCUGCAGAGCCCCAUGUCAUAGAACCGUCCCAGGGAAAGAGAAAAUUGGAAAAAGCUGUUGGGUUUCAGCUGAGUAGGCGGCUCCCAGCGCUUCGUGCCAACGGCAAAGCAGGCUUCGCCUUCCGGAGGCACAGCCUCCCCGUCGGCAGCUCCGCAGAUGUGUGUGGGGGUCUGGGGCCGGUGACUCUGUGGGGGUUGGCUUUUUUGGUUUUGCAGAAAGGAAAUGGUUUCCCCCUCAUCCCACCCUGCCGUGCAGCCUAACGAGGUUGCAAGGUGAUACGUGCAGGGGGAUGGACACAGGAUGGGCAACCUUGCCCUAGGCUUACGCCACCCCAGUCCUUCACCCAUGGGACUGAGCCACAGAAGGACGCACCCUCCACCCUCCCCUGCCAAUACCACAGCAACGGGGGAUAAGCCGGAGCGAUGGAGGUUUUACCCUGCAGACAAAACCCUCUGGAAACCAGACCACCCUUUCCUCACCCACUGCAAAGAGCCACCAGCCAAGCGUGGGGACACCACCAGCUCAGAUGAGUUGCCUGGAUGGAGGAGGCACCAGCCUUGCUUGCCUAGAAGAGCUUAGCCCCACCAGGGACUGCGGCAUCUGAGGACGAAUACAGCAAUUGCUAAGGUGCUUCCUCCAGAUAAACAUCCUCCAGCGUGUGACACCAAGGCUGAAAGUGUCCCAACUACACGUGUGCCCAGCCGAAUCCCCACCACUCCCAGGAGCAUCCUCUCCCUUUCCCACCGUGUCGCUCACUGCAGCCGCAUGUGGUACCCAGCGGCUGCGACACCAGGACCCUCAGCUUCACCCCAGGCAGUGCCUGCCCAGGGGCCUCACCCAGCACCCAGAGACCUGAUGGGAGAACCAGGGGAGGAGCACAUCUUCUCUGGCUGGGGGUGAACCAGCCCCUCCAUCCUGCCCCCAGCCCCGGCUUUCUCUGCUCCACCCAAUGCAGCCCCCGGUUGGGAACAGCCACCACCACCACCUCCUCAAGCACGACGGGCAGGGAGGGGGCACGGCCUGAGCGACACUGCCCACCUCAUCCAGGGAGUAAAGUCACCCUAAAUACCCACCCUGUGCCGCCCACCCCUAUUUCAGGGCUGGCGUCCCCCGUUUACCAUGCCAGAAGGGGGGCACGCAGCUCCCCAGACCACAGCAAGACACCGCACAGAGACCUGACAAAAGCAGAGACAUGCAAGGCCGGGGGGCGGGGGCAGAUGGAUCCGCUGCAAAUCAAGUCAUCCGCCAUGAGAAACGCCACUUGGGGCAGGAGGAGGGGGCCGGGGGUUCCUAUUCCCAUGGAAAGCACAGGGCUCUUUUUUCGGUUAUACAAGACAAAACCACAGGGAUAUAAAUGUCGCUGCCUCUUUGAGAGCAUUAAUGAAAAUAAACCCAUUUAAUAGUUUGCAGAUGCCGUCUCUGUAAACCUAAAAAAGGCAGGGAAUAAAUAUUUCUUCACUAAAUAUCUAUAUGUAUAUAUAUAUUUGAAAACAUUUGCUCCUAAUCUUAGGGCCCCUCCUUUGCCAUGCUCUUAGCAGCUUAUCGCAGCUUGUCAGUCAACGCUGAAGCCUCACUGAGAUGAGAUACAAAUUGCACCCACGGAGGGGUAGCAGGACAGAGGGAUUAUUGUAAUCUAAGCUCCCUCUCGCCCUUUCUAUUUGUACAUUUCAAUUACUUGUAACAAGAUCCAUGGUGGAUUUUUUUUUUUUUUCUUCUGCAUGUCUGUUUUGGAAAUUUUUGUAAGGUUUUUGUAAAAACAACUCUUGUGAAAUAAUGGAGGAAUAAAUAUUUUACUGAGUAGAGAUGUGUCCAUGCACGUGACAGGGAUGUGGCUGUUUCCUCGCUGGCCAUGGUGGUUUCCCCACCUGCCCUGGAUGAGCAGCACGGGAAGGGGACUGACUGCCCUGGGCAAGGGGAUGAGAGGCAGGAUCUGGCCACCUUCACCUGGCAUGAUGGUGGCAUCUCACAGCUUCUCACAGAGACCUGGAUUUCAUCCUAGGCUCCCAAACGGCAAACAGCCCACAUGCCCCCGGAGAGGGGCAGGAGCAUGGGGGGAGCGUCUUGAGACAUGAGAGACAGGACAGAGGGACACCACUUCCACUGCAGAGCUGCCGGGCUUUCCUCCAGCUUGGGGACCCUCAAGGCGGUGCUCAGAGAUGGUUUAAACGCUCCUCAAUGGGCACAGAAAACAACCUAACAAAGGCCAACAGCUAAUUGCAGGGCCUUGCCAGAUCCAUCUUAUUUCAUUCCAGGGUAAUGAGUGUGGGCUAUUGAGGGAGGGGUUAGAGAAGAGGGCUCACUUUGCUUUUUCCCCCCUUCAAAAUCCCACUGGGGUGGCAGAGCUUAUAGGGUCUGUCCCAGUCAGCUCACAAAUUCCCCAUGAAGCAGCAGCUCAUGUUAACGUUGGCCCUGGUUCAUACCCACAGCCUCAGGAGCAGCACCCACCUUUCCCCCCAGCAGCAAGAGAAAGGGCUGAGAUGGGAUGGGGCCAGGAGCAGGCAGCAGAACCCCUUGCUGUUAGGUUAUCAGGUCAAAUCCAGCAUCAUAAAUGGGGGUGGAAGCCUGUAAAUACUAAUUGAUGCUCCACAGACGUCAGGGAUGAGCAUCUGUUACAGACAUCCUGUCCUCCUGGGACAAGUACUCAUCAAUGGUCCCAGCAGAGACCACUGGAAAGUGCAUAGCCCUGGGAGACAGAGCCAGGCAACGUGGAGGUCUGGACCUGCUCAGAGAAUUGGAGGCACUGGAGAAAUAAGGCGACGGUCAUCUACGCUGUCACUGCAGCCACAUCCAGGCACUCAGACCGAUGCUGCUCUGUGAACUGCAUAGACUUGGUAAGGGCUGAGCAGCACAAGCACUAGGAACCUGAAUCAGCACCAAACCCAGCUCUUCCAGGCUCCAUCCCGUGCGCCAGGGAUGGUUACCUGUGCAACCUGGUAGACUGCAGGCUGAGCACUGACAGGGGACAUGGGCAGAGAGAGCGAGAAGAUGCAGAACCUGAAGGGCAGCCCAGCCACGCUGGGGGCUCCGCAGAGCCUCACAGUCCAACGGAUUUGCUAGGAGCCAGGAUCAGUAUGGGAUGCCACGAGCAGGAUGGCUCCCAGGGAGAGCCCCUGACCAGCCCCCAGCUGGGGAGCGUGCACCCAGGGACCAGAGCAGCACGUGCCUCCCUGGGGAUUUUCUCCUUCCGGUCUACAGAAAUUGAGCUAAGAGGCAGCAAGGAGAAGGGUCAGAUUCUGCACAGACCACUAGCUAAAGAAACAAAAGGGCAGGAAUAAAACAUGAGCUCUUAGGUUGCAGAACGCUUCCCAAGGUGCAAAGGCCUGCAGGUGCAGAGUAGGCACAGAGCACCCAAAAGCAGGGGGACACAGUGGUCACGCAGAGGCGAUACCAAGUAGUCCAGGGCAGCCAAAGCCGAAAAGAGCUCCAGGAGCUCAUGGUACUGAGUUAUAAAGCAGCAGAGGUAAUGCAAUACUGAGAGGUGUGAAGAUGUGCCCAGGGAAACCGCCCAGCACAUGCUCAGACUGAAAAGCAGCAAGUUGAGUGGCAGGAAUUACCAGGAAAGGAUUAGAAAACAAGGCAGAAAGUGUCCUCACGGCUGUUGUAGAAACCUGCAGCACAACUAGAGCCUGAAAUCCAUCAUGCCAAGAUAUUAUGGAGAUCAAAGGUAUAAAGUGGAUUCAGAGAGGGUUAGAGAGUUAAUGGUGGGUGGGUCUGUGUCGGUGCAACACAGCAGAGAUUCAACUGCCUGUCCAGAAAACCACCGCCCUGCUGACUUCCAGGAGCAGGGAAGGGACACCCUGGGUUUCCCUUGUUUUUUACCUGAAUUGCAGCAGACUCCACUCAAGCCAGCUCCCACGGUAUCACUUACAGGACGCCUGUGUCACCUCCUCCUCCCCAAACCAUCCCAAAUCACCCCUACAGAGCCAGGGGGACCACAGUUCCCUCCCAUGCACCCAGAAGAGCCCACAGGAUCAGCUGCCUCCCAGCAGCACCACCUCUGUCCCCCAUCAAUGGCCUUCAUGACACAGACCCCGUGGGACCACAAGGUUGAGGAAGGACCCCUACAGCAACACAUCCCAGUUUUCCCCAGAGGGGGACGAGAUUAAUGUUUUUCCAUCGCAGCUGUUGGUGCUGGAACAGCCACUUCAGUGCAGCACUCAGUAGAAAGGGAGCAAGCCACUGUGUUGGACAUCACCCCAAACCCACUAGCUGCAUGAGCUUUUGUGUCUUCCCACCCUGCUUUCAGUUCUAGGAGAGGAAAACCAGGGAGUGGCCACACAAUGGUGGUUCUUGAAAGGAGCAUGAAUCCUUCACAACACGGCCACAGAGCUCCUUGUGUCACCUUGGGGCAGUGGGCAACUCCAUGGACAGACAUAAAGAUCUUACCUCAGCACCCGGAGCUGUGCUGCUUCCCGGAACCACAACUGGCUGCUGGGACUCAGGGCACUCCACACACAAUUUACAGAUCUGUGGGACACGCAGCCCACAAAGCCAUACUGGCCCACUGCAGCAGCCACGGUCCCACACACCAGCAGCUUAACCAUCCCUCUCGUUCCGCUCCACUACUGCUUUGUAACCACUUACUCAUUCAAUAACUGACCUGUGGAUCACUAAGGCCAUUUGUCCCGGCAGAGAAUAUCCCAAGCAGCAUCCUCACAUCCUCAGCAUGUGAGCAAGGCAGAGCAUCCCUCGGGAGGGCAUCCAGCCCUGAGUCAAAAGACCCUUGGAAGAAAAGACCUUGCAGAUCCCAGGGCAGAUUCUUCCAGUGACUCAUUACUGUUAACUGCUGGAAAUAUGUCACAUUUCCUGCCUGAACUGUCCCAGCUUCAGUCCAACUCCUAUUGCUAGAGCAAUAGGUCUCAACUCAUGGUCUGCUGGCUCCCAGGAGCUGGUGGACUACUUCUGAGGGCUCUGCAAACCAGGAGACAGACAAGCACAGAGAGCUGCAGCUCACCUGGCAGGGUCUGCACUCCACAGAGGAAGGAUGUGCUGGGGGAAGGCUGCCAAUAAAGAGGAGCUCAAAGGUAUUGUGCUACCUCUCCUCCUUCUCCAGCACGGGGUGUGUGUGUGGAUUUUUUUCUUCCUAGGAAGCAUUCUGUAGUGGACACUGCCACACCAGAACAGACUUCUGCAGGAGAGCUGAUCUCCCUCCAUACACCACAACUUCAAGCGUGGGGGAAGGUUGCAAGACCAUUAUUUGCAAAUUGUGUUUCCUUCCUCAAAACAGUUGAUUUUCAACCAGCUGACUCCCAAACGGCAAAUCUCAGCUGAUGGGAGGACCUCCGUGUACCCCCUUUCCUUGUUUCUAACCCCACAGUCCAACACUUGUGCACAGCUUUCUGACUGAUGAAAA